GGGAGGAUGAGGAGUGGAGUGAUUCAGAGAAGACCCCGUCGGUGAGCAGCGGCGUGGACGGUGGCGGAUCAACGGUAUCGAGUCCGGUCGCACCACCGGUGAUCGAAGAGGACUCGAGUUUACCGCCCCCACCGAGACUUAACCCUGCGUCGUCCUCGACUAGCUCCUCCGCCAGCGAGGAUAUCAAACUGCGACUUAGCGUGCUGUCGGAGGACACGAGGAAGUGCCUGGCUAGUCUCACCGAGGAUAUCGAGGCUAGGGGGAUAAGAGACCGCCAUGCGCCGUCCAGAAACGUACGGACACGGGAGUCGAGUCCCAAAGACGUCGACGAAGAGCAACCGACAACCGCCAAGGAGGACGUCGAAUGUCAGCCGAGACCGUCGUCCUCGACGUCGUCCGUCGCUGCCAAAAGGCGGGACUCCGUCUGCCGCAGAGAUUCGGAGGACUCGGUCGCCGCGGGAGAGACCAAGAGGAUACGACUCGACGACGAGGCAGCACCAAGACUGAGACUCAAUGCUAGUCUGGCGACGGAUCCCGCCCUGCGACCCGCCGCCGUCGCCGCUCUCACUGUGAAGCCAGAGAACACGUCACCGCCGAAUCCGACACCGUCGCUUCCGGCCGGUCUGCAGAACGCGAUCGCAUCGGGUCGCCUAUUUGUCCUGCCAACCGACGGCAAGGAGACGAUAACGGUAGAGCCGGCUAGGCCACCACCGACCGCCCUGAUCUGCCCUCCAUGCGGGAUCCGUUUCAGCUCGGCAAGCACGCUGGAGGCUCAUCGUACCUUUUACUGCGCUCACCGGCCUCGCGUAGAUGAGGACGCGGCGAACGACGAGGACGACGACGGUGGCAAGUCCGGUGGUGGAAAGUUCGAGGUGCGGAAGGCGUACGCGUGCCCGCAUUGUUCUUACAGCGCCGAUAAGAAGGUAUCUCUGAAUCGUCAUAUGCGAAUGCACGCGGCAUCACCGGCACCGCCGACGAUACCAUCGUCAUCGUCGUCCUCAGCGCCGGUAGUGGUGGCGAACCCGAACUCUUCGGCGGGUAAUCCAGCGACGACCGGACAGACUGCAGCGUCCAACGGUUCCUUGAACGAGGAAGCCGAGAAGUACUGCAGGAAUUGUGACAUUCGGUUCACCUCCAUGAAGACUUACAGGGCACAUAAAACGCACUACUGUAGCACGAGGCACGUGGUAAAGGAUGCGUUGCCGACGCCAACCGUGACACCGACAUCCUCGGUGAAGGUAUCGCCGCCGACCAGUUCCAGUCCUGGUGAUUCGCCACCCCCGCAGCCGUGCCUGGCGUUGCCCACCAACCCUAUCCUCAUCGUGCCGUAUUCCUUGUUUCGCGGCGCGAGCGUUCUCGCCGCACCAGCACUUCCGGCUCCUGACACAGCGUGCUUCCUUUUGCCAAACGGUUCCCUUCAGCCAAUGACGAGGGGCCUCGCUUCCACGGCACAGAAUUCCGUAGUAGAGCCGCCGGCCGUACUAAGGGCGGCGAAUAAGCCCUCGACACCGGCGUCGGUGGUCGUGGCGGCGUCCACGUCGCCGUCCGCCUCGGCGCCUCUUGAUCUCAGCGUGCGUAGAUCACCGGUGCACCAAGAUGAAAAGGAGAACAGAAUGUCACCGGCACCAUCGUCCCUGCCACCGCCCCCGGGCAGUCCCAGAUCCAGAGGCAGCGGCAGUCCCAGAACGAGAUCUAUCGGUCCGACCCAGACUGCCGCCGUCGCGCCACCCCCACCGACGGAACUCGCCCUGAGACUCGCUGAACUGCCACCACCGCCAGUUCCCGGAGUGCUCGUCAAACAGGGCGUCUCGAGAUGCAAAGAAUGCAACAUUGUAUUCUGCCGUCACGAGAACUUCGUUGCUCACAAGAAGCACUACUGCCAGGCGAGGGAGACAACGGUGAGCAACAGUCCGCCACCGCCUGGCACACCCUCGCCACCCCUGGUUCAGCUCAUUUGUGCCGCGUGUGGAAUCAAGUUUGCUUCUAUAGACAACUUGGUUGCCCAUCAGGCAUUUUACUGUCCCAAAAGGCCCGAACCUCAAGAGCAUCACACACGAUGUUCUAAAUGCAAGGCGAUAAUAGAACCUGGCAGCAAUCAUACCUGCACCAGCGGUGCAACUGGCGGUUGGCGAUGCCCGGUUUGUGGCGCCGUCAGUCCCACGGCUGGUGCUGCCCAACGUCACAUGGACGCCCAUCAGGGUGUCAAAGCUUUCCGGUGUACGAUCUGUCGUUACAAGGGUAACACUCUACGCGGUAUGAGAACUCACAUUAGGAUGCACUUCGAAAAACGUGGCACCGAUCUGCAGGAGGAGAAUUAUAUAACGUGCGUGCUGGAAGACGAGGCGACGCUACCAGCACCGGAACCCGCGGCUGCCACGACGCCGGAGGAGAUCCCUGCUGAGAUUCAAGUGAACGGCAAAACGGAAAUAAGGAAGAGCCCGCAGCCGCCGCCGCCGCCGCCGCCGCCGCCACCGCCGCCACCGCCGCCACUACCGCCGUUGGCAAUCGCCGGCAUGGUGAAGCAAGAACGUGAGGACACACCGCCGCCGGACGAGAGUCUGGACCCCGGUAAAAGCGGACCGCGUUACUGCCGCUCCUGUGACAUUAGCUUCAACUACCUGAGCACCUUCAUCGCCCAUAAAAAGUUUUAUUGUUCGAGUCACGCUGGCGAAGCAAGUAACAAUAAUAACAACAAUAACAACAACAACAAUAACAAUGCCAGCGGCCAUCCGACAACGCCGCCGACUGGCAGAACCGAGGCAUCGGUACUUUAAAUCAUCAAAGGUUUUUUUUUGGUGGACGCAACAUAACUUCUCCGCCGCUCGUCCUCCUUCUCGGACGACCUCUUCGAAUUACGCUUCGAAUCUAAUUUCUAAGAUUUUUUUCUACUUAGGUUUCACAAAGCAGUGUGAUUUGAUAAAGAAGCAGAAACAACACGCUUGAAAUAAUUAUGAAACUCUUUGGGGUAGUAUAAAUCAUUUUCUUUUUUUUUUCAAAAAAAGCACAAUUUUGUUUAUAUUCUGAUUAAGUCUAAUUUGACAUUUCUGGAAAUAUUUGUCUUUCCGAUAAGAUUAAAUUUAAAAUCUGCUUCUGCCAUCGCAUUUCUUCUUAGAAACGUUUCAGCGAAGGAAGAACGAAAAUGUGUUGAUACGAUAAUAAAUAAAAAUGGGGACUGUUUAUUGUUGCCAGUUUAUACAUAGUAUAAUAAACGAGUAUCGGACUUCUUAGUUGAAUAUUACGUUGUGUGAUUUUUGUUGAUCCAGGGAAUUGUUUGUACUUAUAAGCCGAAGGUAUCUACAUGUAAAUAUAUAUACACAUACACAUUUAUGUAUAUUUAUUAUAAUUGUAUUAUAUU